CGUAGACUCCGGGCCGGAGCCUACUUUGCUCAUUUUCGACUAUCACUCGUGUCUCGGUCCGUGCUGCCAAAGAGGGUGGUAGGGAGAAGAAGCCGCUCCGGAGCCCUCUUAGUUUGUCCAUUCUUGAUAAUCCGUUCUGCCAGAGAGGGUAGGGCAAAGUGGCGAGAGCAGCGGUAGCGGAUCGGUCAUGGCGUCUGGCUGGCUAGACGUCACAGUGGUGGGAUGCAGGAGCCUGGAGGACGUGGAGGUGUAUGGCAAGCAGGACCCUUACUUGGUGUUACAGUGUGGUGACCAGCAACACCGCACCAAGACACACCGAGACGGCCACCUUACCCCGGUGUGGAACGAGACGUUUCAAGUGCAGCUGAAGGCGGGGGUGGAUGCCAUAAAGUGCGGCGUGUGGGAUCAGAACAAGAUCGGCAAAGAUGUCCUCAUUGGCCAGUGCUCUGUGAAUGUGCAACCAGCAUUGACAGCAGGAGUCUGGGACACUUGGCAUCCUCUCUUCACAAAGAAACAAAAGCAAAAGGGUAAUCUUCGCCUGGUGCUUAAAUAUCUCCCUGUCCACCCGGGCCAGUCUGCACCUGCUCCAGGUUCGCUUUCCCCAGCAGCAGCAGCAGGAGCAGGAGCAGCAGCAGCAGCAGCAUCUGUACCCCUUCCCUCUCACUACACCACAUCACCCCGUCAAUCAUCUCACUCCCCCGCCCCACCUCCACCGCACAACCUCUAUCCUACGCCUCCCCAGAACCAGCCACACCCAUCUCCCUACCCACCUCUGCCACAGUCGAGUUUUGAGCCACCGGCUCAAAAUCCAGCCCAGAAUCAGUACCCAUCCCCCUACCCUCCUCUGCCGCAUAACCCGCUCUCUCAGCCACCCACCUCCUCCUCCUCCUUCCACUCUCACGCUUCCUCACUCCGAUCAGACUCCCCUUCCUCCUCAUUCCAUAGUCAACACCCAUCCCCAGCCCCGUCAUUCUCCUUUGCUGGCCAAGACUCUGCACCUAACAAUCUCUAUCCCCCUUCGCCUCUUGCUCCUCCUUCCGCUUCUCCUCAACCCUAUGGGGGGUAUGGCAGCUAUGCUCCUGCUGCUGCUGCUGCUGCUGCUGCUGGAAAUGCUGGUGCUGGCCACGCUAACAGCCCCCUCCCACGAGCAGUUUCCUGCGGUGCUCCUUCCGCUCCUCCUCUCUCUCCUUCCCACUCCCCAGCUCCAUCCCCCCCUCCCUCCCCUCCUCCCAGCUACCCCUACGCCUACUCUCCUCAACCUCAGCCCACAGCACAGUUACCCCAGCAGCCAGCAGCUGCUACUAAAGCAGCGCAGAGUAUUGCGUCGACUCAACAGUCAUCUUCCGCUCCUCCUCCCAGCUUCCCCUACGCCUACCCUCCUCAACCCACAGCACAGUUUCCCCAGCAGCCAGCAGCGCCUACCACAGGACAGCGCACAGGAGAGGGCGCAGCAGCUGUAGCAGCAGCUGGGGCCGCUAUGGGCGCUCUUGCUAUUGGUGCUGCUGGGAGCGGGGAUAAUGCUGCUGGGAGCAGGGAUGGUGGUGUGGGGCCCCCCUCACAUGCUUCUCCUUCCCCUUCGUACGGCUCUCCAUCAGUGCCUUCCCACCCCACACCCUCCUACCCACCACCACCAGCAGCACCACUGGCAGCACCAGCAGCAGCACCAACAGCAGCAGCACCAGCAGCACCAGCACCAGCACCACCAGCACCUUCCACGGACUAUUAUCCUCCUCCUCCCCCCUCUCAAGGCGCAUACCCUCCUCCCACCUCACAAGGCGCAUACCCCCCUCCCCCCUCUCAAGGCGCAUACCCUCCCCCCACCUCUCAAGGCGCAUACCCUCCCCCUCCCUCUCAAAGCGCAUACCCUCCCCCUCCCUCUCAAAGCGCAUACCCUCCCCCUCCCCCUCAAAGCACAUACCCCCCCCCCCCUUCUCAAGGCGCAUACCCUCCUCCCCCCCCUCAAGGCACAUACCCUCCUCCUCCCUCACAAGGCGCAUACCCUCCUACACCCUACAACUACCCUCCCCCUCCUCAAGCCCCCCCUUAUGGUUACCCGGGUUAUUCUCCCCCUCCACAGGCUCCCCCAUAUGGGUAUUCCUAUGCUCCUACUCCCGCUCCUUAUGCCUAUGGAGCCGCCCUUCAACCAUAUUAUUCAAACUACCGCACACCACCUGUGGUGGUGGUGCAUCGUCAUGGACAUCAUGGGUAUUAUGGAAAACACAAAGGCUACAAAGGCUACAAGGGUGGCUUUUUUUUCAAGUAGCUAUGAGCUGCCAUCCUAAUCUCACGUGUAGUGCAUACUUGUACACAUACGCAUGUAUUGACCAGCUGAGGUUGUACCCUCAGCAUAUGCUGGUUAUCCAGUCUGCCAUUUUGGGAACUUCCCCGAAAGUGGGCUGGCAAAUCCCCAGGUUUGUGCUUAACGCAGUUCUUG